CCCCACCUUGAGUUCUGUGAUCCUCCCUCCUCCGCAGAAGUUGCCACCUCCACAUUUCCGAGCACAUUGCCAGAAGCAGCUGCUGCAAAAAACCACACAGAGAGUUUCAGAUUCUCCAGGCGACCCGCUUCAUCAGUAAUGGCCUGCUUGGAAGUGUGUACGGAGGGCAACUACAAGGAGGAAAAAGAGGAAUACACGCUUGAUGGGACCGUGGACUGGGACGGCCGUCCAGCGAUCAAAGCGAAAAGCGGACAGUGGUUUGCCGGAACCAUCAUCUUGUUGAACCAAGGACUAGCAACCUUAGCGUUCUUCGGAGUGGGAGUGAAUCUGGUGCUGUUCCUGACAAGGGUGCUGGGACAAAACAAUGCUGAUGCUGCCAACAGUGUGAGCAAAUGGACUGGCACUGUCUACAUCUUCUCGCUUGUUGGAGCAUUCUUGAGUGACUCCUACUGGGGAAGAUACAAAACUUGUGCUGUCUUUCAAGUCAUCUUUGUCAUCGGUUUGGUAUCGCUAUCACUGUCGUCCUAUUUGUUCCUGGUCCGACCUAGAGGUUGCGGGAAUCAGCAGACGCCGUGCGGAUCGCAUUCGAGCACCGAGAUCACAUUGUUCUACCUCUCCAUCUACCUUGUUGCCCUAGGGAAUGGAGGGUAUCAACCUAACAUAGCUACGUUCGGGGCCGACCAAUUCGAUGAGGAGGAUCCUAGAGAAGGACAUUCGAAGGUGUCCUUCUUUAGCUACUUCUACCUGGCACUGAACCUCGGCUCCCUCUUCUCCAAUACCAUUUUGGGGUACUUCGAGGACGAAGGAAUGUGGGCUCUAGGAUUUUGGGUAUCGGCAGGCUCCGCCUUAGCGGCGCUAGCCCUAUUUCUUGGGGGAACCGCAAAGUAUAGGCACUUCAAGCCAAGCGGAAACCCAAUUUCCCGCUUCAGCCAAGUGAUAGUAGCUGCAUCGAAGAAAUGGAGAGUCGAGAUGGCGCCCGGCGAAGAUGUCCUGUGUGAGGCAGAUGGCAUGGACCGCUCUGACAGUAGCAGCAGAAAGAUCCUCCACACUCAUGGAUUCAAGUUUUUGGAUAGAGCGGCUUAUAUUACAUCAAGAGAUCUCGAGGACCAGAAGCAGGGUCGCUCCAACAGGUGGCGCCUCUGCCCAAUUACUCAAGUGGAAGAAGUCAAGUGCAUACUGAGACUACUACCAAUCUGGCUUUGCACCAUCAUCUAUUCCGUAGUCUUCACGCAGAUGGCCUCGUUGUUCGUGGAGCAAGGAGCAGCCAUGAAAACGACCGUUUUGCACUUCAGAAUCCCUCCGGCUAGCAUGUCCAGCUUUGACAUACUAAGUGUCGCUGUUUUCAUCUUCAUCUACCGAAGGGUUCUCGACCCACUAGUGGGUAAGAUAAGGAAGACCCAUUCGCGAGGGCUCACACAGUUGCAGCGAAUGGGCAUUGGACUGGUUAUCGCGUUUCUGGCCAUGGUCUCUGCAGGAAUCGUGGAGUGCUACAGACUGAAGUAUGCCCGCAAAGACUGCACACGCUGCGAGGGUUCGAGCACCUUGAGCAUAUUAUGGCAGGUCCCACAGUAUGCACUGAUUGGAGCUUCCGAAGUUUUCAUGUACGUUGGUCAACUGGAAUUCUUCAAUGCACAAGCCCCAGAUGGGUUGAAGAGCUUCGGGAGCGCCCUUUGCAUGACAUCAAUCUCGCUAGGAAACUAUGUUAGCAGCUUGCUUGUGAGUAUGGUCAUGAAGAUCUCGACCGAGGAUCACAUGCCCGGAUGGAUUCCAGGGAAUCUAAACAGGGGCCAUCUGGACAGAUUUUACUUCCUCUUAGCUGCCCUAACAAUAGCAGAUUUGAUGGUGUACAUAGCUUGUGCAAAGUGGUACAAGUGUAUCAGAAUGGAAGGAAAAUGCCAAGAAGACAGUGAGCAAGAUAGCUAUGACGUCUAAUUACGUGGCACAACAGCACCGAGGCGACCGGUGCUGCCCCGACUUGCAUAUAUAAGAUGGGAAGAGAGUGAAUAGGUGCAAACAUUGGGGCAGAAUUGCUUCCUAAAAAGGUGGUGCUAGAGAAAGAGAAGCCCUUUUUUUCCAGCUCGGCUAACACCCCUUUCCAUUGCUUUAAUUGAAGAACUCAACCAAUUUGUGUUCCUAAAGCAU